AUGGAUCAUCUCAAGCAGCCAGCCGACUUUCAAGAGCAUUAUGCCACGAGGCUAAAUAAAAUCCUCUCAAAUAUGCCUCAAGCCCAAGCCUGGGAGAUCGAUAACAGGCACUUAAUUAAGUUCGCCGAAAUACUUGAAGUCUUUCCGAUCAUGAUGUUCGAAAAUAUAGAAUUGAUUGUCAGAAAUCAUCGAGAGCAUGGGAAAGAAACUGAUUUUUAUUUUUACAUGCUCUGCGUGGGAAGUUAUCAUAUACAACCACAUUCGAAUAUCAUCAUGCAUUAUGUCGAAAUGCUCCAGUCGAAUGAGAGCUGGCGUCCUGCAAAUGAUGGCAUGCAAGCCGAAUUAUCUCUUCUAAAGGCAGUAUUUCAUACAAUCAGAGGUUCAAUAAGAAAAGCAAAUCAAUGUCUCCAGGAAUCUACCGAAGCAAUAAAGAAAUUACGACAGCGCGAUCCAUAUGAUAAACAUGUCGAACAUGUCAAAAUGUUAACAUGGGGCUAUAUGUCACUCGCGAAGCUAACUACUACAAACCUCAACGAAUUUACUACUAUCUUUGCCCAUAUUCGACGUCGCUUGAUUCCUAACACGCCAAUCAUAAACUCCGCAACUCGCUCACUGCUAGAAGAGGAACAGGCUUCAGUAAGAGGAUAUCAUCCACCCGCAAAAUGCAUCUGUUGCGGGGAAAAUCCGAUGCCUCCCUUCUGGCCAACCAGUAUAACAGAUAUAAGAGAUGAAUCUUUACGUCAGAAGACAGCUCGCCUUCGUAUUUCACAUAUCAUAGCCAAUGCUACAUCUGCCUGUUUUCAUCUUCCUUAUUUUGAAGAUAAGAAUCCUAAGCAUUCUCUUUACAUCGUUCUAUGGAUUAAAGAGUUUGUUGAAACGUCAGCUGCCUUAUCUGAUCAGUAUAGAUUGUUUACUUUCCAUAGGUAG